ACACCCUGGCAUUGUUGCUGGUUGGUGGACUUAUUUCCCUGUCCUUUCCUGAAAGUCAGUCAACACGGAAUCAAACAAUAGCCACUCUGGCAAGAAUCCUCUACACAUGAUGAAGAAAUAUUUCCGAGCUCUGCGGAGAUAGCAUAAGGUGUCACACUUCUCUGCACGCCAGUCGAAAGGCAGGAGCUGGUGUGGCUCGGGCUCUGUGGGGCUCAGGGAUGGCUUUAGUAUUUCGGACUGUGGCACAAUUCGCUGGGAUCUCACUCUCUUUGCUGGGAUGGGUGUUGUCCUGUCUUACAAACUACCUGCCACAGUGGAAAAACCUCAAUCUGGACCUAAACGAAAUGGAGAACUGGACCAUGGGGCUCUGGCAGGCUUGUGUCAUCCAAGAGGAGGUGGGGAGACAGUGCAAGGACUUUGACUCCUUCCUGGCUUUGCCUGCCGAACUCCGGAUCGCCAGGAUUCUCAUGUUCCUGUCCAACGGGCUGGGGCUCCUGGGCCUGCUGGUCUCCAGCUUUGGCCUGGACUGCCUGAGGAUUGGAGAGACACGGCAGGGCCACAAGAAGGGGCUGCUGAUCCUGGGAGGGAUUCUGUUCUGGGCGGCCGGGGUUGCGGCUCUGGCUCCGGUGUCCUGGGUCGCCUACAAGACGGUCCAGGAGUUCUGGGAUGAGACUGUGCCAGAGAUCGUGCCCAGGUGGGAGUUUGGGGACGCCCUCUUUCUGGGUUGGUUUGCUGGCUUUUCCCUCCUCCUGGGAGGGGGCCUGUUGGACUGUGCAGCCUGCUUCUCCCAGGCUGCCCCAGCUUUGGACCACCAUGCAGUGGCAGAAACAAGAUAUCACUGUGAGCACCGGCAGAUGAACAAAGCCCAUCGGAAAAUCUAA